UGAUUGAGCGACUGCGCUGAACGUAAUCUCAUUUAUGAGGGUGCAAAAAAAUAUAAAUGUCCAUUGCCAUCAAAGGCCCUCUGUAGUUAAGAGGCUAAAGCAACUCCAAGGAUACAGUUCACAGAGAUCUGGACCUCAGUCCCCAAAUACUGACUGAAUCAGGGACAAUCACCAGCACCCUCUACCCAAAGCCUUGAAGGGACCCGAAAGAGGGCAGCGAGGAGCUGAGUGGUGUCGCGCGGGCCCAGCAUGUGCUUCGGGAGCUGCGCCAAGUGCCUGGGGGGCACCCUCAUCCCCCUGGCUCUGUUUGGCUUAGUGGCUAACAUCCUGCUGUUUUUCCCUGGAGGAAAAGUGAUCGAUAACAACAGCCACCUGUCUGAAGAGGUCUGGUAUUUCGGAGGAAUACUAGGAAGUGGGGUCUUGAUGAUCUUCCCUGUGCUGGUGUUCUUGGGCCUGAAGAACAAUGACUGCUACGGGUGCUGUGGUAACGAGAGCUGCGGGAAGCGAAUGGCGAUGUUCACUUCUGUGAUAUUUGCUGCAAUUGGAUUUGUGGGUGCUGGAUACUCAUUUGUCAUCUCAGCCAUCUCCAUCAACAAGGGUCCUAAAUGUCUCGUGGCCAAUGCCACGUGGACCUACCCCUUCCAGAAUGGGGAUUACCUCAGUGACCAUGCCUUGUGGAGCAAGUGCGAAAAGCCCCCCAAUGUAGUUCCCUGGAAUCUGACCCUCUUCUCCAUCCUGCUAGUCAUAGGAGGGAUCCAGAUGAUUCUGUGUGCCAUCCAGGCGAUCAACGGCCUCCUGGGAACCCUCUGUGGAGAAUGCCACAGAGGCUGCUGUGGGAGAGAAGGACCAGUUUAAACCUCUACAGUGAGCUGCUCUAAACCUACAACAUGUGGGAAGAUGUACUAGAUUCAGUUUCCCUGCUUAGAAUGCUAAUUCUCAUCUGUGUCCCCACUGACAAAAAUUAGGAGAGCAGAACUGUCCCUUCUCCUUACAGCCAGUUUUUUGAAAGUUAGAAGUUUGUUAUUUUCAAAUAAAAAGUAGAUUAAUUUUUUUUUUUGGUACCAGGGAUCAAACCUGGGACCUUGCCCUUACGAGGCAGGUGCCAGAACCACUGAGCUAAAUCCCUGGUCCCUAGAUUAAAUUUUUGAUUUAUAAAUUUCUCAAAUUAGCCCCUGUUUAGAAUUUAAGAACAAGUUCAGAGAGUCAAUUUUCCAUGAUUUUUUUUCCUUAAAAGUCUCAAAUACAUGAAGUUACGUAUCCUGCCGUACUGCUUCUUUGUAUAGAAAGAUGUUUAUACCUUUGGAAGCUUUACUUAAGUCAAAGGAGGAAAAUGCAUUAAAAAUGAGAAACUAAUUUUUUCCAGAUUUAUAGGAGAAGAAUGAUUAAUGUAUUAUAAAUGAUUUUUAUGUGAUGCCUUUUUUGCUAAUUUGAGUUACUACUUGUGAGUAGCCUUUUGCUAGGCUUCCCUCAUGUAUAUUAAAUUGAAAUUUGAAUUCAGAGAUAAUGUGAUAAAAAUUGUAUGUCUUUGAAGGAGGCCAAGGAGCAAAAGAUUGAAUGAAUAAUGCCUUGUUAUCAUUUUACAAAUGCUUUCUUUGAUCAAACGAAAAUGUUUUUAAAAAGUUGAUUUGAAUAAUACUUUUACAGCCUAUUUUUCAGGAUUAAGACAAUAAGUCAUAUUAAUUCUCUGCAUUAUAUUAUGGCAUUAACUGGUUUUAUGUGUCAGAAAUUAAAAUGAAAUCCAACCCAUUUGAUUGAUUUAGAUUCAAACCUAAAUCCAGCUUCAGGAUCCUGGGAAAAUAGUUUCCUAAGUCUUGGUUUCCUCAUCUGUAAAAGAACUGUUAAAAGACAAUCAUUCAGGAAAUUCUGAAGUUACCCAAGAAUGAAACAAAGACUUGCAGUGUGGUGAACUUGACCUAAUGAACAAUAAGGAGGGUCUUGGAGGGCAUCGUGUACCAGGGAGUCUCCCUCCCUCACCUGUCAAGCUGACAGUCUGCGCACUGAAAACGAGGUUACUUGUGGUAUCAAUAAAGCAUUAGCAAUCA